AUGAGCGAAAUCUGGAAAAUCGUUGGUGAUUCUCGUGUCACAAACGUCGAUUUCGAACCUCCAAACAACUGGAUAAACAACUACGAUGAAAUGGGUGGUGAAGAUGUGUGGGAACAGGGUGGUCUCAUUCCCACCGAGGCCAGCUCACGCGGCUUGGAAGGAAUAGUCAAGCCACUCUUCAGCAUACAGCAAGACUCCGCGGAGCAAGUGUCGCUUUUCGAACUCGACAAUAACUACUACAUUUUCAAUAUGGAUCAGAACUUCCUUUACCAGAUCAAGGGACCAACUGACCUUCAAGACAUCAUAAGGGUAAUCAAUGACGCUAGUUGGGAAGACCUUAUGUCUGUGCCUAUCUAA